AUCUUGGAGCCGGAGGGAGCAGCUUGUCACGCGGCGUGGGAGCAGGAGGUUGGGGGCAGAUUGGGGGGAGCGGGGGGGAGGGCGGCUUGUCGCGGGGGCGGGUGAGGAUCAGUGGGGUCCUGGGGAGCAGCUUGUCCCCACGGGUUAUUUUGCAGGCUGCUGCCGAAAGCCGUAAUACUGGGCUUGGUUAACCAGGUGCACGUGGGUCUGUUUGCGCCGAGAUAUUUCGAUGAAAGGUGCUAAUAAAAUCCAUGGCAUUAUAGUUGAAGCUCCUCAAGGAGCUAACUAAGCAUCCCACCAAAACAGAAGAAAAACUACUCAAGCACCUAAGAUGUGAGAGAUCCUUCUUUUCAAAAGGAACCAUUUAUUUUCCACAAUGGAUCGAAGUAAGCGGAAUUCAAUAGCAGGAUUUCCACCACGCUUGGAGCGCAUUGAAGACUUUGAUGGGGGUGGCGGCGGUGACGGGACUGUGUCCCAGGUGGGGAGAGUUUGGACCUCUUCGUACAGAGCCCUGAUAAGUGCCUUUUCCAGACUUACACGUCUUGAUGACUUCACCUGUGAGAAAAUAGGCUCUGGUUUCUUCUCUGAGGUGUUCAAGGUGAGACACAAAACUUCAGACCAGGUGAUGGCUUUGAAGAUGAACAUGCUGAGCAGUAACCGAGCAAAUCUUCUGAAAGAGAUCCAGCUCAUGAACAGGCUCUCUCAUCCAAACAUCUUAAGGUUUAUGGGUGUCUGUGUACAUCAAGGACAACUGCAUGCACUGACUGAGUAUAUCAACUGUGGUAAUCUGGAACAGCUGUUAGACGGUAACCAGCAUCUGCCCUGGAUGGUGAGGGUGAAAUUGGCAUAUGACAUUGCUCUGGGACUCAGUUAUCUUCACUAUAAAGGCAUUUUCCACCGGGAUCUUACAUCAAAGAACUGUUUAAUAAAGCAUGAUGAGAAUGGUUACUCGGCAGUGGUGGGAGACUUUGGUUUAGCUGAGAAAAUCCCUGAUUGCAGUGAGAAGCUUCCAGUAGUAGGCUCGCCCUUCUGGAUGGCACCUGAGGUUCUCAGAGAUGAGCCUUAUAAUGAAAAGGCGGAUGUGUUCUCCUACGGUAUAAUUCUCUGUGAGAUUAUAGCCAGGAUACAGGCAGAUCCUGACUAUCUCCCUCGCACAGAGAAUUUUGGAUUAGAUUAUGAUGCCUUUCAGCACAUGGUGGGAGAUUGUCCACCUGACUUCCUCCAGAUGACCUUCAACUGCUGUAAUAUGGACCCAAAAUUACGUCCUUCAUUUGCCGACAUCGUCAAAACACUGGAGGAGAUUUUAAACCGCCUGAGAAAUGAAGAGUCUGAAAGAGAAAGGAAGUUGCUGAAUCUGGACAGCCCAGAGAGAAAACCUAUCUUGAUUUCCAAAGGGCUGAUUGAAAAAGGACAAGGAAUAAAGCGAUUGAGUUCACUGGAUGACAAGAUCCCACCCAAGUCACCCCGCCCACGCCGCAACAUCUUGCUGUCACGCAGUCAGUCAGAUAUCUUCUCCCGCAAGCCCUCCCGGAAGAUCAAUGUACAGGACCCCUACUACACACCAAGCAAGGGGGCGGUGCGGAAAGUCAACCCCUUCAAUGCCAGGGAAGACCUGAAGGGGGGGAAGAUCAAAUUUUUUGACAUGCCAAGCAAGUCUGUGAUUUCCCUUGUGUUUGACUUGCACUCCCCAGAGGCAGAGGACUGUCUGAAGACUAGCCAGUCUCUGUCCAGGCAGGUUUAUAGCACAGACUGGCAGGAAUUCUCUUUCCCCCCUGGGAGGCGGUGCAGAUCUCUCCCAGUCUCUCCCGAACUUCUGCAUAAAGAUUAUGUCCCUUUUGGGGGUCUGCAUUCAACUGUCAGUAGGUGCGACUCGACCCAGCUAGGGGCUGAGAUGCGGCAAAAACUCCUGAGCAGCAGUAAGUAUGGAGUAUCAGAAAUCCCUCCCUUUCAGGCCAGACCUCACAGGCAGGAUUCUCCUUCAGUGCCAGAGCAAGAGGAGGACAUGGACUAUUCCGAUUGGCCGGAGUCCCAGGAGGAAAAUGGAUUCUGUCCUGUUAAAAACACAAGUGAGGAUCCAGGAUAUAACCAACCGCUAAUGGAGGCUCAGCCCGAGUCCCUAAGAUACAAGGGGCGCUCAGCCCAGAAUUCAGUCAACUCUGAGGAAGGCAGCUCCUUGAGAGUGUUUGCGAGCUCUGAAGACAUGGAGGUGGAAGAUGAGAUCCGGAAGAACUUACUGCCAGAGGCUUCCAAGUCUCCAUUCAGUGUUAACCCCUCUGUGGAGCUGGGCAGAGAGACGUUGUCAUUUGAAGUGCUGGAUAUGGACAGCUCUGCCCCACUUUCACUGGCACCUCCUAAUAUGUCAGCAUCUGGUGGCACACAGUCAAAAUGUGACAUUUAAGGAGAGAGCUUAAAACCCAGAUACAUUCUUGUGAAUGGGGACAAACUGUCCCCAUUCACUUAGUUUUUAACUUUUUCCUGUAGUGCUAAGUCUUGGAUAUUUCAGUGGAUCAUAGAAACCGGCCAUCAAACAAGAGGCUGCAAAGUGCAUCUGAAGAGACGGUAUUUUUUUUUUAUUUUUAAAUGUGUCCAUCAUCCCUUAGCUCACUACAAGAGACAACUACUGCAAACCAGCCUCGGGCAGGAUGCCAACCUGGGGUCCCAUAAGGUCCCAUAAUCAUUGCAGGGCUGUAUGCAGCAGGAGCUUGGUAGUGUGUAAGUGAUUUGAACCCCAGCCCUGCAUCUUUCACUUUAGCACUCUGUCUAGCUGGUGCGUGUGAAUUCAGUUGGGAGCCUUGUCUAAUAUUGGAAGAAAGGCUCUCUCUUGGACAGUGCUAGGCAGAUAUAAAUGCCUUCAGAUCUCAGAGCUCUAACAGGAUCUGCAGGCUCACACCACACUCUGGAACAAACUAAUCUCAAAAGCAUGGAAAACACAAAUCUUCUGCUGGUAGAGUCUGAAAACUUAGCAGCACUCCAAGUUCCUGCUGAUUAACAGGAGGAAACUAUUCUCUUGUAUGCUGCUUGUGCGCUGGGGUUCAGUUUCUGAUACAGUGAUCUGUUAGUCCCAAUGAACCACGCUGGCUCAACAGCCUUGGAGACUGCAGACCUGUGUACAUCCCUAGAACAGAUACAGCAAAGGCCACAACACUUUAGGUUCUCCCCAUACACGCAGCUGUCUGUGUAUCUUAACCUGCCACAGAGGGCGAUUACUGUAGGGUUGAAAGAAGGGUAGCUCAGACACCAGGCACAUUCAUUCCCUGGCCUCUCACGAAACUGCAAAUAAAAGCUUUGUGUUGCGGACACUUGUCCAUGAGGAACUGAAUUGACACCAUCAAUUCUUUCCAUAUACACCCACCAAACGGCACUUUGGGAACAACUCCAGCACUCACUACUGACUUGGCCAGGCUUGAAUCAGUGACCCAGAGACAAAAGGGUCCCUGUUACCCUUUCCCAAUCCUGUGAGACAUCCCAUCCCUCCUAAUGUGGCACUGGUGCCGCUGCAAUAACAGUCUGUCCCUAUUUACACCAAGCAGCUUGAUUCAUAAAUUUUUCAAAGAAUAAAAUCCUAUAGUGCAAUGGAUGUUGACAGCAAAGCUUUCAGCUAUGUCCUUGCAAAUCUAAAGAAACUUUCCAUUGAUUAGGACAGACUCACAAUAAAGGCUUUCGGCUUGUUAGAGACACUGAAGAAAAUCAAUUUCUCCCCAUAAAUUCAAUGUUCUGUAUUACUUUGGCAAAGAGAAAGUAACAGUCACGUGUAUCUCCAUUUGCUUCUGCCUUCAGCAACCGUCUGAAUGCAGUUUUAUUUUUCCACCAGAAUGUAAAUAUGAAAGAAACAAUAGUGUGUUUAAAGCCAGCCACUGUGGGCACAUUUGUGUGUGUCUAAGAGUCAGGUGCUAUCCCUGCGGUAGAUAUACAUAGAAAGCUUGUCCUAUGGUUAUAUUUGCACAGCUUCCUCUAUAGUCCUUUCACCUGCACUUCCUGAGAUUAGAAUGUGUGGGGUUUUGUCUGCAUUAUCAUUCCUGGCUCUCACAGGGCCACAUAUCAGCUUAUCUGUAAGACUGACAUUUACAACAGGUCCUUUGUAUCACUUGAUGGCCCCUGGUACUUGGGAAUUUCACCUUAAGUACUAACUUGGAAACUCUUGUUUCCAUGCAGCAGUCUUGGGAGAACUAAGCACUGAUGGUGGGAGAGGAAAUAUAAAGCAACAGUGUCCCUUGAUGGAAAUUAGGUUAUUUCUCUGCUUGUCUCACCCCAAAGAAAUAGAGGAUGAGGAAGAAGGGGUUUUAGAGACCAGCUAGGAAAGUUGUUUGAGAAUGAGGGAUGAAUCCUGGGUUUGUGGGGUGGUAAAUUGUCUCCUGGCCCAUGAAUUACUUAAGAUUUCCUCUCUCUGAGUGCUUGUGUGAAAGUGGCCAGCAGCAUUGCCCCUUCCCAUUGGCUGUGAAGAAUUAAAUAGGAAUCCCUAGGCCUCCUUGAAUUCCUUAGCACAGCCCUUGCCAAUGGGACAGAUCUUGGUAGCAUGAAAGAAAAAAUAUGUAUCCCUAAUAAGGUCUUUUAACCCUUCUUUCCUCCUGCACUCCCCCUCUGUCACAAAGGUGCUGAUUUCUAGAGCAAUCCUUUUUUUCCUUCUUCUUUGGCAGUUUUUCUGUCCUUGUGCAUCCUCUUGGGGGGCAGAGGGGGGGUUGGGAGGCUACAGAGUAUGGAGCUUCUUGGCUGGCAGGUGCUACCCACAUACAUGCAGUUUCUGUUCAAGGCUGAGAAACUAUCUAGCUAAUCAAAGUAACAAUCAUCCAGCUAGUGCUUGUUUUACGAUUGUAGCCAUUCGCAAAGGAAACCAUCAUCACCAGCUGCUGUUGUCACAAGGCAGGGUUAGGAUUGUGACUUCAGGCAGAUGAGCAAUAACAAGAAGUGUUUAUAUUUGGAAGCUUCACUGGGCUGCAGGGAAUCUAACCAGCAUCCUACUUCUGCCUUCAGUCCCACUGCAGAGAGUGAGUAAAGAAAUCACGCCGCCUCGUUUGCUUUUGUGUCUGUUCACUGAUCUUAAAACAAUGAUGCGGUUGCAACAGCAUCUCGCUGGGGAUGCCUGUUGCACCGGAAGCUCUGCUUUCACCUCUUUUGUUAAAUUUGACUGUGAAGCUCUUGUGUUGACAGGCAUGGGACACAUCCAUGGCUCCAGUCAGACUGACCGCACCUGCCCUGGGUGAAUUGUUUCCUUGCUUCUUCUAAAAUCUGUAUCUUCUAAAAUCUGUAUUCCCCAGCCGUUGUUUAAACACCAUGGCUAAAAUGAUUUUAGUUGGGGGGGAAACUAUUCCACUUUUUAAAUAGAAAGCCAGCUGCGUUGUGUAGGGCACGGCCCUGUCGCUUCCAGCCCGCAAUGCCGAGUUGGAGAUAGGUCACAGAGAUGGAAAUGCCAAGGAAUGGUGCUGGACUGUUAGCAUGCUGUCUUUCCCAAGUACCAGGUUAUGUGUGGGAGUGGCACGUGAAUGUAAGUCUGGUUUUUCAAUUGGUAAGUCUCUCAGAAAACUAAGUCUUUCUGCGGUCUGAUUUGGUUAACACUAAUCGUUAACUGGCCAUCUGGCCAUGCAGAGCCAGACUAGAUUGGUUAGAUGGAGCUUGGUCGCUUGUCCCUCCACAGAUGUUGUUGUCCUACAUGGAAUAACUAGUAGCCCUUAUUGUGAGGCAGCUUCUCCCAGCUACUCAUGACCAUUAAUACAAACUGCUAAAAAUGAGUUCAGGCAAACCCCUCUUUUUACAGUAAUGCGAUUAAAAGUUUUGUUCCAAUUGAAUUUUAUCAUGUUUUUGACUUUUCUAAUAGAUGCAAUUCUGGCUUUUUAAACUGUUUCUAGACACUGCUAUGUCUCUUUAAGAAAUCUAACUUAAAUUCACUUUAGCUCUUUCUAUGUUGGAUUCAUUUAAAUGUCUCUUAUAAGCUAUUUUGUUGUUGUUGAUUGGUGACAUGCAAGAAAGAGAGCACAUAUGGUAAAUUGCUGCCCCUGACAAGAAGCAGAUGCAGGGCAAAGGGCUACAAUUGGUUUAUUCUGCUUUGUUGAAAGGUGUUGAUGUACAGAACGUUUCUUGCCAGUACAACUAAAGACACUUGAAUAAUUCCUGUUUGCACUUAAUGCUAUUGUUAUACUGCAUGUCACUACAUUUCUAUGCAAAAACAAAUAACCUUUUUGGGCAGGUGGAUAUUUGAUUAAAUAAGUUUAAAGAUCUUUGCAAGAAUGAUCUAUUUUCAUAUUUAUGAAGGAGUUUUAUGUCUUAAUAUUUUGCAGUUUGUAAAUAGCUAAACUUGUAAUUAAAGGCUUAGGAAGAAGUUUGUAGCCUGUGUACAAUAGUAAGUUAACACUGCCAGAAAAAAUCUUUGCAAAACAAGUUUUUUCUAAUAUUGUGGAUAUUUAUGAAUAUGUAAAGAAAGCAAAUCUUGUUUUUAUGUUGAUUGAUCUUCUGACUUUUGAUGUUUUUUGAACUAUGGAAAUGGUGUAUGUUUUAUUGGAACUGCAAUAAGAAGUAACCAAAGAUGAAUCUAGUUAAAUAUUUUCAUAAUUUUUUUUCUUGGUCAGUUUUUGUAAACUGUUUCCCAACUUGCUUUCAAAAUAAAAAAACAAAACCAUGA